AUGGAAACGAGCAAAUUUUGGCAGACAUCGCGCGGCUGCUAAAGUGUUAAUUGUCACGAAAUGAAACUUAAAUAGUAUAAUUAUUUCAAAUUUUUUUCGAAAUUAUUUUGGCUGAUUUAACAAUAUGGUUAUUAAUGCAAAAUAUUGGAUGACGAAAUUGCUGGGUAAGAAACAGUGCUAAGUUUUUUUAUGGCAAAAAUGUAUAAGACUAUUGAACGAGAUGCAACGAAAUCAACGUUUUCAACCAAAUGCUGACACAUUAAAAGACACGCAGGUUUUAAUCGAACGGAAGCAAAACUGGUGACGAAGUCGUAGUUCGCACAAAUUUACGAUUGCUGAAACUUGCGAUGGAUCCAAUAACAAUAAGUUUGGGCGUGAUAGGAGGUUUACAAAAAGGUGGGAAAACAUUGCUGGAACUCCUAGGUGUUGUUGAAGGCGAAUUAACAAUAUUAAAGGCAAUAUGCAGACAAGAUCUCGACAGUAGUAUUAGUCAUUUCAGUAAGGGUAUUGAAAGACUGAAACUUGCCGAGUCAACUAAAAACGAAGAAUUCGAGUUGAAAGAAGAGCGAAAACAGUUGGCUGAAGAGUCUUUUACAGAGGCAGACAGAGAAGCUGGCUUAGCAUUUCAUAAUGCAUCAUUAAAAAUUGAAGACAGAAUAACUGCAUGCAAGAUUUGCAUCGCAAGUUGUAUUCUUCGAAAUUUUAAUGAUAGUGAAACAGCAGAAAAGGAUUCGAUGGUAUACUUGAAAAACUUGAAUUCGUUGCCCGAGGUCGAAAAGCUUUUUUCAUUUUCACAAUUCACACUUAAUAAAAACAGGAGGGAUAGAAACGUUGACAGCAUAGUGAUAACCAAUUUAUUACUAGCCGAUUUCAUUUCAAACAACACACUUCAAAAACGAGCUGUUCUUGACUGGCCAUUGAUUCAAUCAGGUGUGCACAAGUUUCAUCCUUUGUAUUUUAAAGAUGUUGAAGGAAUCACGAGUUCUUUCACACCUUGGUACGAAUCUCGUUUUUGUAAAGAUGAAGCUCACCUAUUUGUCGACAAAGAAAUCACAAUAACCAACGAAGGAGAAAUGCUGAUUUUUUCUGGAAAAAGUCUCCAAAAAGUCGACAGCAAAACAGGAAAGCUUCAACCGUGGUGUAAAGAAAGUUGUGAGAUUGACGAUUGGCAGGUUAGAUGUAUGACAGUUGAUAACAAUGGCGUGGUAUAUGUUCUUUCUGGUUACGGAAGUAGAAACACUUGGAAAUAUCUAAUGACAGUUUUUUCAAAAGAUGGUAUUGUCCAACAGUCUACAUUGAAGUUCCUGGACAACAAAGAUGCACGAAAUCUGUUCAUGGCCGCAACACAAGAUGAAAGAAUUGUUGUUGCAUUUGUGAUAAGUGAUCAAAGCAAUAUCACCGUGUGCGGAUGUAACAAAGAUGGUGAGCUUUUUCUGAAGGCGCUAAAGGCAAAAGGCAAUCGUAAUCCACUUGUUGGUGAAUUAAAAUCGUUAUCCAUUUCUUCUGAUAACAAAAUGGCAAUCAUAAUUCAUCGAGAGGAACGUUUUCGCAGAUUUUAUAAACUGUUUAUCUACAACAUGGAGGGAAAUCUAUUAAAAGUCAUGAAAUUUAAUCCAAGCGUGAAAGAAAUCAAGGCAUAUGAUCAAGUUAUUUACACGCCAGUCUCCAAGUGCAUUACAGGUUACUACUUUGAAGAUGUUUCUUCAAAGGUAGUGAUUGACACUUUCUCAUCUGUCACGGAAAAAACAUCAGUCGUCGCUCAUGUUAAUGAACACAGAAUAUAA